ACCAAAACUAAACAUCUCACACUUGAAAUUUCUGCUGAAAAUGGCAGCAGAAAUGGCACUAGUAAAGCCCAUUUCAAAAUUCAGCAGCUCCAUCCCAAAAUUCGGCAGCUCGGGACGUCCCAAGACGAGAUUUUUCAGCGUGAACAUGUCGUCGACGGCCACCCCGCCGCCGCCUACUGUCGCCAGCAAGAAGAAGACCCAGAAGCAAGAGAUAAAGGAGUCCCUUUUGACGCCGAGGUUCUACACCACGGAUUUUGACGAAAUGGAGCAGCUCUUCAACACGGAGAUAAACACGAACUUGAACAUGGCCGAGUUUGAGGCUCUGCUGCAGGAGUUCAAGACCGACUUCAACCAGACUCACUUCGUCAGGAAUAAGGAGUUCAAGGAGGCUGCUGACAAGAUGCAGGGCCCGUUGAGGCAAAUCUUUGUCGAAUUCUUGGAGCGCUCUUGCACUGCUGAGUUCUCCGGUUUCCUUCUCUACAAGGAGCUCGGCCGCAGGCUUAAGAAAACUAACCCUGUGGUUGCUGAAAUAUUCUCUCUGAUGUCGAGAGACGAAGCGCGCCACGCAGGGUUUCUGAAUAAAGGAUUGUCUGACUUCAAUUUGGCUCUGGAUUUGGGGUUCCUUACAAAGGCCAGAAAAUACACUUUCUUCAAGCCUAAGUUCAUCUUCUAUGCAACAUACUUGUCUGAGAAGAUUGGAUACUGGAGGUACAUCACCAUAUUCCGCCACCUCAAGGAGAACCCCGAGUACCAAUGCUACCCCAUCUUCAAGUACUUCGAGAACUGGUGCCAGGAUGAGAAUCGCCACGGUGAUUUCUUCUCUGCGCUGAUGAAGGCUCAGCCGCAGUUCCUCAAUGACUGGAAGGCGAAGCUGUGGUCCCGCUUCUUCUGCCUCUCUGUUUAUGUGACAAUGUACCUUAAUGACUGCCAAAGAAGUGCUUUCUAUGAAGGCAUUGGCCUCGACACAAAGGAAUUCGACAUGCAUGUUAUAAUUGAGACAAACCGCACGACUGCAAGGAUCUUCCCUGCUGUGCUGGAUGUUGAGAACCCGGAGUUCAAGAGGAAAUUGGACAGGAUGGUGGAGAUCAACACAAAGCUGCUUGCAGUUGGGGACACGGACGACAUCCUGUUGGUGAAGAAUCUAAAGAGGAUCCCUCUCAUUGCAGCUCUGGCUAACGAGCUGCUUGCUGCAUAUCUCAUGAAACCCAUUGAAUCUGGUUCAGUGGACUUUGCUGAGUUUGAGCCACAACUUGUUUACUAGCUUUAUUUUUCAAAAUUUCAUGGAGUGUUAAAUUCAUUUCUAUCUGCAGAGUAGAGUAUGUGUGCAGAGCUUAUCAUUGUAUAACAGCUGUGAUAUAAAACAGGGGAAAGAAACAUCGUAUGAAUCUGAUAGAUACUCUGCAGUUUUUCAUGUAAUUUUAAACAAUGCCUUUGAUUUGAAUAUCUUGAUUUCCUA